UUACUUUACUUAAUUAUUGGGCCAUCGGUAUUUGCUAACUUCGUUGGUUCUAUUGCAGGCGACCCGCCACCAUAUCUACUCGGCGUCGUCGUCAUCUUCUUCUUCUCUCCACUCUUCAUUCAGAAACUUGAGCCUGUUUUUGCAGACAUUCAUUGGUGUAUCUAAUUGCGGUAUAUUCAACGGAAGCUGACCCAAAAUUCUCACCCUGAAGCUGUUUGAUGAAAUUCCUGAGAGGUGUCUCAAUUUCAAAUUCCAACUUUUUUUUGCUUAGCUCUACAAUGUAAUCACCCUCAACCCUUUAAUUCAAAUGGCCUGUAAUUCCAUUCUCAAUUCUCCAUUUUUGCCUUCUUUCCCCCCAAAAAACAAACCCCAUUAUCGGAAAAAUACAAUUCCGGUAAUCAUUUCCUGCAAUUCUCACAAACCCAGAACUGAAGAAGAGAAGAAAAUUAGGAUAAGUCAAUUGGGUUUGCUUAAUCUUUCUGUUACACUCACUGUAAUAUCAGCUUCACUGGUACGACCCGCAAAUGCAGCAAAAGUGUCUGAAAAGAGGAAAAAGUCUGAAGCUUUAACGCCACAAGAGUUGAAAAAAUGGUCACAAGGUCUUCCAACUGUGAGCAAUAGGUUACCUUAUACAGAAAUAUUGGAUUUGAAAAGGGAAGGGAAACUUAAGCAUAUAAUUAAGCCACCUAAUGUAGGGUUAAAGCAAAGGCCUGAGGUAGUUUUAGCUGUUUUAGAGGAUUCCAAGGUUGUUAGAAUUGUUUUACCUUCUGUCGAGAGUGAUCCGAGAUUUUGGGCUGAAUGGGAUGAAUUGAAAGUUGAUGGACUUUGUAUGAAUGCUUAUACUCCACCAUUGAAAAAACCUGAGCUUCCUUCACCUUAUUUGGGGUUCUUGUCAAAUAUUCCAGCUUGGUUGCUUUCUUUUAUGAAGGCCAAGCCACAGUCCAAAAAGGCAUUGGAGUUGAAGAGGAUGAGGGAAGAAUUGAAGAGAAGGCAAAAGCAGGAGUUGGCGAAGAUACAGAACGAGAGGGAGAGGAUGGCGAAGGCAAUGAAAAUGCAGAAGAAAAUGGAAGAGAGUAAAAGAAAAAGAGAGUUGAAGAGAAUGAGGUAUGAGGAGUCCUUGCGUCAAGCGAAUAGAAGUUCCCGCGAUAUGGCAAUGGUGUGGGAAAGCUUGGCUAGUGAUUCAAAUGUUUCCACUGCUCUUGGUUUGGUUUUCUUCUACAUAUUUUAUAGAACUGUUGUAUUUAGCUAUAGGAGGCAGAAAAAAGAUUACGAUGACAGGUUGAAGAUAGAGAAAGCAGAUGCUGAGGAGAAAAAGAAGCUGAGGGAAUUGGAGAGGGAAAUGGAAGGGAUUGAGGGUGUUGAUGAUGACGAAGAAGAAGGAAGGAAAGGAGAGGAUAAUCCUUAUAUGAAGAUGGCUAUGCAAUUCAUGAAGUCAGGUGCUCGUGUUCGAAGAGCACGCAAUACGAAACUUCCCCAGUAUUUAGAGAGAGGUAUUGAUGUUAAGUUCUCUGAUGUUGCUGGGCUUGGAAAAAUUAGGGAGGAGCUUGAGGAAAUUGUUAAGUUCUUCACCCACGGGGAGAUGUAUCGUAGGCGAGGAGUCAAAAUACCAGGGGGAAUACUGCUUUGUGGUCCACCUGGAGUGGGGAAGACUUUGUUAGCAAAGGCGGUGGCUGGUGAAGCAGGGGUGAACUUCUUCUCCAUUUCUGCGUCUCAGUUUGUUGAGAUAUAUGUUGGUGUUGGGGCUUCCCGUGUUCGAGCUCUCUACCAAGAGGCAAGGGAGAAUGCCCCAUCAGUGGUGUUCAUCGAUGAGCUGGAUGCAGUUGGCAGAGAACGUGGUUUGAUCAAGGGUUCAGGUGGACAAGAACGUGAUGCGACUUUGAAUCAGCUUCUUGUAUGCUUGGAUGGUUUUGAAGGCAAAGGUGAAGUCAUCACUAUUGCUUCUACAAAUAGACCAGACAUAUUGGACCCAGCACUUGUUCGACCAGGGCGGUUUGAUCGGAAGAUAUACAUCCCAAAACCUGGUCUAAUUGGACGAAUUGAAAUUCUUAAGGUGCACGCUCGUAAGAAGCCUAUGGCUCCUGAUGUGGACUAUAUGGCUGUUGCCAGUAUGACUGAUGGAAUGGUUGGUGCAGAGUUGGCCAACAUUGUUGAGAUCGCUGCUAUUAAUAUGAUGCGUGAUGCAAGAACUGAGAUUACAACCGAUGACUUGAUACAAGCUGCACAAAUUGAAGAACGAGGAAUGCUUGACCGGAAGGAGAGAAGCCCUGAGAUGUGGAAGCAAGUGGCUAUUAAUGAAGCAGCAAUGGCUGUGGUGGCAGUGAACUUCCCAGAUCUUAGAAAUAUUGAGUUUCUCACUGUUGCUCCAAGGGCUGGAAGAGAUCUGGGUUAUGUGCGGAUGAAAAUGGAUCACGUCAAAUUUAAGGAAGGAAUGUUGAGCCGGCAGUCGCUGUUGGAUCAUAUCACUGUUCAGAUAGCACCACGUGCUGCUGAUGAGCUCUGGUAUGGAGAGCACCAGUUCAGUACAAUAUGGGCUGAGACUGCAGAUAAUGCGAGGUCAGCGGCUCGGACUUUUGUUCUUGGUGGUCUGUCUGAUAAACAUUAUGGUUUGUCUGACUUCUGGGUUGCAGAUAGGAUAAAUGACAUUGAUUCCGAGGCACUUCACGUAUUACAUAUGUGCUAUGAUCGUGCAAAAGAGAUCCUUCAUCAAAAUCGAAACCUUAUGGAUGCAGUUGUCGAUAUACUAGUUGAGAAAAAAAGUCUUACUAAGGAGGGAUUCUUUAAACUAGUUGAGCUACAUGGGUCCCUUCAACCAAUGCCUCCCAGUGUAGUUGAUCUCAGGUCUGCUAAACGCUUGGAGUUCCAGGACACGCUCACAAAGCAUAAGGAAAUUAUUUCUCAAGGACGCAACUGAGCAAGGUAUUUGGUAUUGUGAUGUGAUCAUUACUUAACCAUGAGCCUCUGUGCUCUUGUACUCGUGCUCACCUCCUUCAGUUGUUGGUGCAAUGUGAACUCGAGUCUACUUUGCAGGGUAUGACUUCCUUAGAUCUAAUUUUGUCUUGAAGAUCCUAUUGAAGUGGUACAAUUGUGGAAGCAGAAUUCCACCAUCUCAGAUUGGACAGAGCAGAUAUUGCAAGAGCUCUCUGAAUGUAUUUUAAAGCUUCAAGCGCGAAUAAUGAUCUCGGAUAUAUGAAGCUAUAAAUGUGUAUGGAAUGCAGUGAACUCCUUUUUGUUUUCAUUUUUCUUGGCCAUUUAGCUGGUUUUCCCUAUUCCAUUUUGUGAUAGAUUGCACAACAGAAAGGAUAUGUAUAGGUCACACAUGUUGUUUAUGCUAAUGUUGCAUAAUAUUCUCAUCAAAAUAAACUGUACAAGACUCCAAAUUGCUUGGGUGGGCAAAUUUAACAAGUACUUGUCUUAGUGGAA